CGUUUUGGCGGGGUGGGCGACGUCUGGGGUCUGAGGUGAAAGCCUUGAGGGGAGCGAGGGGCAGGCAGGCUGCGGGGGGAGCGGCCGCGGAGUGGGAGAUGAGGAGGAUUAGGAGAAAGGGUUAGAAGCCGGGGAGAGGAGUGGGAGAGAAACCCAGGCUGGCUCCGGGAUGAGGUUAGGAAGCCCCGGGCUGGGGAGAGGGAUCCGGGGUCAGGGCUAGGAGCAGGAGGCAAGGCUUGGCAGGUGGGGGGUGCUGGGGUGAGGGGUACCGAGGGCAGAGGAGUUGCAAGUGGAAGACAAGGAGCAGAACCGGGGAGUAGUUGGGAGUAGGGGAGAGAGAGUGAUUAAGAGCCAGACGUGACAAGGGUGUGAACUAGUGCGGAGCCAGGGAUGAGCUGAAGGGCUGGGAUCGGCUGGGGUGGGAUCUGUCGGCAAGGUGUGGGUCCAUAGCUGGGUGGUGGGUGUGAAUUCUGCCAAGUGAGGCAGGCCGAAGGGACCUGGAUUACAACCAGGUGGAGUCAGAAACUGGAGCGGUAGUGAAAAGGCAGGCUUGCAUCGAGCUGGGCGUCAAUAGGACAGUUCUGGAGAACAAGAACAAGCUGGAAGGACGCGAGGAGAAGCACGGCUUGAGUGAUGGUGCCCUGGGACAGGGGGACUGGGGAAUUGUCGAGGGAAGAGGGGGGUUCCUCAAGGCACAGAUAGGGGAGUGCAGGGACCGGCGAAAAGCAGCCUGAGGAGAGGAGCGGGGAGGAGAGGGGCCCUGGGCUUUAGAGGAUGGAGUGGGGAGUGAGGGCAGAGAAACAAGGCUGAGGGGAGCCGGGAGAGUCCUGAUGGGAAGAACCGGGGUGGGCUGCACAGCCGUGGGGACUGAAUGUGCAUUUUGCCCUGAGGUGCCCCAGAAGGUCUGGAAGGGGCAGGGCACAAACGCUGUAGUGAAGAACCCAGUGUGGGGGCCUUUGGUGAAGAAGAUAAGGAACCAUGAGUCUUUGGAUGGGAAGAGACCUUGAAAAGACUUUGGGUUUAUCCUGCAACUUCAGUCAAUAUCCCACCCAAAUCAUCCCAGGUAAUAGAGAAGAAGAAAACCCAGCCAAUGAUUAUGUGAUAAUAUGGAAGAAGAUGGGAAAAAGCUGUUUAAUGGAUUAAGAGAGUGGCGACUGUGCUAAAACAUGGAUAGAUGCAAACAUGUAGGGCGGUUACGGCUCGCCCAGGACCACUCUAUCCUGAACCCUCAGAAAUGGUGCUGUCUGGAGUGCUCCACCACAGAGUCUGCAUGGGCCUGCCUGAAGUGCUCCCACGUGGCCUGCGGCCACUACAUUGAAGACCAUGCACUGAAACACUUUGAAGAGACCGGACACCCGCUGGCCAUGGAGGUCCGGGAUCUCUACGUGUUCUGCUACCUGUGCAAGGACUACGUGCUCAAUGACAACCCCGAGGGGGACCUGAAGCUGCUGAGAAGCUCCCUCCUGGCGGUUCAAGGCCAGAAGCAGGACCAGCCCGCGAGGCGUGGGCGGACGCUGCGGUCCACAGCUGCAGGCGAGGACGUGGUCCUGCCGCAGCGCACUCCUCAGGGACAGCCGCAGAUGCUCACCGCUCUGUGGUACCGGCGCCAGCGCUUGCUGGCCAGGACGCUGCGGCUGUGGUUCGAGAAGAGCUCCAGGGGCCGCGAACAGCUGGAGCAGCGGCGGCGGGAGGAGGCGCUGGAGCGCAAGAAGGAAGCGGCGCGGCAGCGGAGGCGCGAGGUCAAGCGGCGGCUGCUGGAGGAGCUGGCCAGCGCGCCGCCGCGGAAGAGUGCGCGCCUGCUCCUGCACGCGCCCGGACCCGUGGCUGUGCGCCCGGCUACCCUCGCUACCUCCCGGCGCGCGCCCGCGGCUGCCCUCAAGCCCCGCCGUCAGCCGGCGGUGGCCCCGGGUGUCACCGGCCUACGCAACUUGGGCAACACCUGCUACAUGAACUCCAUCCUCCAGGUGCUCAGCCACCUCCAGAAGUUCCGGGAAUGUUUCCUUAACCUCGACCCUUCCACCUCCGAACAUCUGUUUCCCCAAGCGACCAAUGGGAAGGCUCAGCUCUCUGGCAGGCCGGUCACCAGCUCUGCUGCCGAGUUGUCAGUAAGGAGCGACCGGGCCCAGGGCUGUGAACCUCAGGGCCUCUGCUGGAACAGCAGAGCCUCCAUCAGCAGGAGCCUGGAGCUCAUUCAGAACAAGGAACCCAGCUCAAAGCACAUUUCCCUCUGCCACGAACUGCACACCCUCUUCCGAGUCAUGUGGUCUGGGAAGUGGGCGCUGGUGUCGCCCUUUGCCAUGCUUCACUCGGUAUGGAGCCUCAUUCCCGCCUUCCGUGGCUACGACCAGCAGGACGCACAGGAAUUUCUCUGCGAGCUGCUGCACAAGGUGCAGCAGGAGCUUGAGUCUGAGGGCUCCACACGCCGGAUCCUCAUCCCCUUCUCCCAGAGGAAGCUCACCAAACAGGUCUUAAAGGUGGUGAACACCAUAUUUCACGGGCAGCUGCUCAGUCAGGUUACAUGUGUAUCUUGCAAUUAUAAAUCCAAUACCAUUGAGCCCUUUUGGGAUUUGUCCCUGGAAUUCCCUGAACGCUACCACUGCAUAGAGAAGGGGUUUGUCCCUUUGAAUCAGACAGAGUGCUUGCUCACUGAGAUGCUGGCCAAGUUUACGGAGACAGAGGCCCUGGAGGGGAGAAUCUACGCUUGUGACCAGUGUAACAGCAAACGACGGAAAUCUAACCCCAAACCCCUUGUUCUGAGUGAAGCCCGAAAGCAGUUAAUGAUCUACAGACUACCUCAGGUCCUCCGGCUGCACCUUAAAAGGUUCAGGUGGUCUGGCCGUAAUCAUCGUGAGAAGAUUGGGGUCCAUGUCGUCUUUGACCAGGUAUUAACCAUGGAACCUUACUGCUGCAGGGACAUGCUCUCCUCUCUUGACAAAGAGACCUUUGCCUAUGAUCUCUCCGCAGUGGUCAUGCAUCACGGGAAAGGGUUUGGCUCAGGACACUACACAGCCUAUUGCUACAACACAGAGGGAGGUUUCUGGGUCCACUGUAAUGACUCAAAGCUGGAUGUAUGCGGUGUCGAGGAAGUGUGCAAAACCCAGGCCUACAUCCUUUUUUACACUCGAAGAACAGUUCAGGGCAGUGCAAGACUUUCAGAACCCCAACUCCGAGCUCAGGUGCAGUCGAGCGGCAAGGACGAAGGCAGAACGUACACAUUCUCUUGACUGGGAGGCAUGCAUCCAAAUGUCCUUACAUUUUUCCUCGUGGGUAAGAAGGCUUGCCGUAGUAACAGGUUACUGGGUUUGCCUCACUGGGCCUAGAGGAGACAAUGCCAGGUGAUUCCUGCCCUGUCAAAACAUUGGUAGUCACUGUCUUUUGAAAACACUUGGAAAUUCCCUCCUUUCAUAAAACAAAUCUAAAGGAGUAACUU